CAGGAGAGAAUUCAAGUGUUCACAGGUACACAGUGAAAUGGCCCUGGGUGAAAUGGUCCCGGGUGGUAGCAGUGGAAUUUUACAGACGUGCGUUGGAUGGAUGGUUGGAUGGUAGGCCAGCAGCAGGUGUGUGUUUGUGUUGGUUCCAGAACUCCAGCAGAGCUGCCUAGACUCGCACAACACUCUUGAGACACACACACACACACACACACACACACACACACACACACACACACACACACACACACACGAGUCAGGCAAGAGGGAGGAGUUGCAUUACAUCAGUGUGUGCCGGAGGUGUCACACCAUUUUGAGAGCAGUCAGACACUCCUCCGUGUGGAAUGUUGGUGUGCGAGGACUGGAAAACCAACUCACUUGAUCCACUCUGUACUGCGUGCGGGUGACUAGGAUCGGAUACCGUGGUAUACUCACGCGCGUGUCCCGCGCCCCUGAGCAUCAUACUCUUGUCCCUUGUGGAUCUUAGUCUGUUGGUGGUGCCUGUUGGGAGUUUUUUUUUUCAUCAUGUCGACGCAUGAAGGCGCUUUUUGGUGACCCUUUUGUAACUGGCGUUUUAAGUGGCACGGCGCGUUGUAGCGCGGCGUACGGCGGUGGGGAGUUGCGCUACUCCCAGGCCGUUUUGGGCGGAACUCGCUAAGCAAGUGAUAUGAAAAGGUCCUGGAGCGUCCGAUUAUCUCGAAGAUUCGGAGAUCGGCUGCACAGUUAUACGGUAGAGGGGGCGGCGGUGCCCGGUGCCAAGGUGAGGAAGGGCAAGUCUUCCUCCCUGAAGAAGAAGGUGGAGCCCCGGAAAGCCCUGAGUCUGGAGGAGUCCCAGCUGGAGAGCCUACAGCCCAGCCGCAGCCCCAAGCUCGCCCCCGUCAGGUCUCAGACAUUUGACAGCGAAAGGACAUUCGAGAGGACGGACAGCACCGGCUCCAGAAGUAGUUUCAUCAAGCACAACAAGACAUUCCACAAGCUCUUCCCCGACCUCCCGGAGUCAGAAGACCUCGUCCAUGCGUACAUCUGUGCGCUACAGAAGGAGGUGCCCUACCACGGCCGCAUCUACAUCUCGGAAAACCAUGUCUGCUUCCACUCCUCCGUGCUGAUGAAAGCCACCAAGGUUGUUAUUCCUGUAUCCAGUGUAACGGCAUUGAAGAAGCAGAACACAGCUCUACUGGUGCCAAAUGCCCUGUCCAUACGCACAGAGGGGGAAAAGUUUUUGUUUGUGUCCUUGCGGAACCGGGAGGGUUGCUUUAAGCUCCUACGCUCCGUUUGCCCCCAGUUGGAGGAUGGCAGCACAAACAGCAGUCCCAUCUUCUCGUCUGCGGAGAACAGUUUUGACCAGGGCAAACUGCAGCACUCCAGUCAGUCCAGCCUGGAGGAGAGCUUUGACCAGAUGGACGCCGGAGACUCCGCCAUGCUGCUAGACCCUCCACCCCCACACCUCAGUAAAGAUACGCUGACGCACGCAAGCCAAUCAACCUUGAGGUGCUCUCGCUCUCAGUCUCAGCGGGAAGAGCUUGACGACAGCAGCUCCAUGGAAGAAUACUCAGGAGGCUCGUGGGUGUGGAGUGUGACGGACAGAGCGCGCUCGCUACUCGUGCAACGAGAACCAAACAGCCUCAAUACACUCCUCCUUAUCUACCUGAUCCUGGUGGUCCUGCUUCUUCUGUCCUCUGGCUACAUUGGGCUGCGCAUCGUGGCCCUGGAGGAGCAGCUGACAUCGCUGGGAGCCUUGCCUGAGUUCACCCUGCAGAGCGGGUACAAAGACACAUAACCACUGGCCCGAGGAGAGACGAGGUGAUUGAUGACACUGAGGUCAUGACGGCGUCACGGCUGGCUGUAGAUCAGUCCCCAAAGACGAGCCUGGAGUGGAGUCCGCUUACACACACACACACACACACACACACACACACACACACACACACACACACACACACACACACCAGAUACAGACAUGCAUCCACCGUUCCCUUCCAUCUUGAAGCACAUACUGCACUGAGAAAGACACGCUUUCUCCUCUCCCUGGUCUGGGACACCAAAGACAAGCAGUCAUGUCAACCUCACCCCACCACCCUUACAUCCUCGAACCAAGAAAGAACCACACUGAAGUACGUGUGCGGGGGGAGCAAGAUGGUCACCCUACCCCAUCCCUCCAUUUCAAAGAGUAACUUUCUCUCUCUGGGUUUGCACAAAAAAACAAAACAACCAACCAACCCUCCAUUUCAAAAGAAACUCCUGUCCUCCUGUCCUGUUCGUCAGGGUUUCAUCCUCACUCACCCGUGUAGUUCUAUGGGGCACUACCCCCCUACCUGUCACAUCAGUUCUCCUCUGUUCACUUUUUUCAGGGCUAGUCCAGAUGCAAGUCUCUACUUACUUACUUACUUAGUUGGGCCCCACUAUGAGAGCGGUUUUGUGUAUUGAUCGUUUCACGGCCACUCCACUUGAAUUCCUCUCUCGAUGAUCACCUUCUCUCUCUCUCUCUCUCUCUCUCUCUCUCUCUCUCUCUCUCUCUCUCUCUCUCUCUCAAUGAUGAAUCUAAUAUUUUGCCAGGUGAUCACUUGUCUGUCAAUGAUCACGCCUUCCCAUGAUGAUCACUUCCUCUGCCAUUCUCUCUCUCUCUCUCUCUCUCUCUCUCUCUCUCUCUCUCUCUCUCUCUCUCUCUCUCUCUCUCUCGCGCGCUCUCUUUGUGAUCACCCAAUCUCUGCAGUAUUAUCUUGUGCACCUGUAUUUGUUUUUUGUUUUUGUUUCCCUUUGGUAUGAUUUCAAAGGCUGGAUGAUCAGUGCUUUGGGGCCAACAGUUGAGUAUUAGUGGAUGUAUUUGCAUACUCUAUGCACAAAACUAAAAAAAGUAUGAUCAGGUCCGGACUUUGCCUUGUGAGCUUUUGAUGUGUCCUUGAGUUUAGGUGGUGGACCAGCUGUUCUGUUGUCCUUGGACGCGCAGUGCGUGUCUCUCCUGUGCACAACAACUCUGGCACCACCACAACGUCUGUGUGCGUGUGUUACACGGACAGACAAGUGACUGGGCCGACCCGCUGAAGAACUGACUCUCGCUCGCCAAUAGGAUCAGACCUAGUGCGGUCUGCCUGUUCUGAACCAAUCCAACGCUGCGGAUAGGCAGGCCCUGCCUGCUCUGAACCCAUCCAACGCUGCGGAUAUGACGGGAUGUUAAGCAUGUCGUCUGACUCACAGAAGAAAAAGAAACCUUCAGGGUCGGCCCAUUUCAAUAACUUGAAUCGUGUUUUAUACAAAGAACAAAAAAAGGACUAUUCUUUCCAAUAUAUGCAUGGUAAUGUUGUGUGUUCAUGUUUGCAGAUGUAUGUUUGUAUGAACGUAUGUAUGUUUUAAUACGGAAAAAAAAAGAUUGUCUGAGAGAAAACUUUAUGUCGUUCAUCUGAACGAGCGCACUUUAGGCCUCCGUGGAGGCCUGAGACCCCACACAGGAAGUGGCUUUGUGAUUGGAGGAGACUUUAUCAGAUGGUGCUAAUAUCGCUAUAGCUCUCAGGGCAAGGGAUGGGUUAUCUGUGGCCGUCGGCCAAGACGGUUGCACCUUACAUUUCACGUCUUGGGUUGGUUAAGUUAUUUACCAGUAUCACGAGCCUCCUCCCUUCGCCCCAGUAGCUCCUCUCUCUCUCUCUCUCUCUACCGGAGGAUUUAUUCAUCAUCUCCACAUCACAUUUCCUUUUUUUGUUAUUUUUACUGUUGUUUUACUUCAGGUUUUUGCUUGCAAAGAAUUUCCCCUUUUCUAAUUUACACGCGUUGACAAUUAUUUUGUGUGUGUGUGUAUCUAUUCUUCAAAUGAUGAUGAUUCGAUGAGGCCAUCGACGAGCAUCAUGGCUAAAUCUCACUACAAAUCAGUGGUCAGGCUGCAAAAG